UGCAUUCGUGAAACCAAUCUCGUCGUUGGUGCCGCGACCUUCGCGCGACAUUGUACACUAGCUCCGUGCUAUGAGUAGUGCCGUUGCCCCGUUGCCCCUCCCGCCGCCUGUGAUCUCGGGUCCCGUCUACUCUAUCGUCACCCCCAAGCCCAAAUGGAUGGCCCAAAUCAAGAAGAGCAUCUACUUGGCCAUCAGCGCCGUCGGCGUGUUUCUCGUCGCGUACGACGUGUUCGCCAACAACUGGGCACUGAACGACUACAUUGGGAACGCCAUGCACUGCCGGACUCCAGUCAUGGACAUGGCCUCGUUCAGUGACAUCCACGAUCACUAUGUGUUUUCCACGAGGGAUAACUGGGGCACCAUCUCCCCCAUCCCCCGACAACUUCUCGCGACGCACAUCGAUCAGCUCAUCAUCGCCGACGAAACCGUCUACUUCCUCGCCGCCGGGAUGCACGAAGUCGGCCCUGCCACCCCCGACCUCUGUCGCGACCUCGAGCGUUCGUACCCCAUCACAUUUCCGACCAAUUCCACGGAGACCGUGGUCCGUCUUGCCGUCGCCAUGGACUUUGUCACAUACAUCCGCGGCGACGCCCUGAGUCACGUGUUUGGCUCGACGGCGACCGAUCCGGUCCCUGGUCCGGACGCGUUGAGAGAAGAGCUUCUGGAGAUGGGAUACGAAGCCGGUGUGUUCACAGCCGACCUCCGCAUGACACUGGAGGUCCCCGUGUCAUCCCUGAAUCCUGGGACUACGAUGCAGCACAACACCCUCGUGUAUCGCAUCUUUGCCAAGACUUUCAACACGGGGGGAACUCCCAUGGCGGAGUUGGGCGUGGACAACUGCAACAUGACGUAUGUGUGGAACGCCACGACCAACAUGGUGGACGUGGUGUCGUCGCGGGUGAUGCUGGGGGAGGUGCACAUCCUCGCGAUCAUCGUCGACCGCAGCAGCACGACCGUGGCGGCGUUUUACAUCAAGGUGUUCGCGUUGCUCAUGGUGCUGGGGGGAUAUUCGGCCAGCGCCAAGACGGUGAUCUGGGUGGACACGGACAAGCAGAUCUUGUGGCCGUGGUUCAAGCGGCUAUAUCAAAAGUUCGCCCCCGACCUAUACCGGCACCCGAGCCACGCGUUGACGAUGCAGUACAUUUGCUACAACAGCGACCUCUUCGUGUUGCUGUAUGUCGUCACGGUGCUCUUGGACGAGAACAUUGCGAUGAAGUUCACGCGGGAAAUGAACGAGUGGAACCAGUGGAACCCCGACUUUUGGGUGUCUGUCCAGAUCUACUCAAUGAGUUUUCGGUGGCUAUGGAUCAACUGCUGCUUUGUCAAGAUGCUCAAACUUCUUUGCCACAACGUGAGCAUCGUCCAGUACAACGGCCACAACUGGCUCGUCGGGUUUUUUAACUUUAGCUCCGUCGUGCCCAUCUACUUGAGCUCGAUCGCGCUCAUGGCCCGUCACCAGUUCAUCAACUACAGCAACAGCGUCCGCCACGACCUGUCGUCGCACGUUCAGUCGCUGGACGGGACCGACCUCGACUUGUUCGCAUCUUGGUACGUGCGGUGCUUCCAGCCCAUGGCGCUCGUGAUCUUCAUCAACUUGGUGGCCAUUCUCACUCUCGACCGCAUCGUCAACUACAAGUGGUGGUCGCGCAUCGCGCAGAACUCGCUGGGUCGCCAGUACAUGUUCAACUCGACGUCAAUACUGUGCGGCAUUGACGACGUGCAGGACAAGCCGGACGGCGUCGGUGGGCAAAUGAUCAUGCUUCCUGCGCGAAAGCUAUGUACGCUGCGGUGGUUCCUCUCGAGCCACCUGUUGUGCUUCGGACUACCGGAAGACCCUAAGUGCGUGCGGGUGUGGGCAUCCACUGUCUUGCAAACCAAGUCGGCGGUUUCCAAAGGAAGCACCAGCACCAAUGGCAGCCCAACGAAAGCUCCAUUGAAAGACGCCAAAGCGACCACGACUGAGGAUUCCGCGAGGAGCAUGCUGCUCAUCGGACAAGAUCAAGAUGGGUACGUGCAUCUGAUGGACGAGAACAAGCGCGACGUCAAAGCACUCGCCAUCGAAGUCAAGAUCCUCCGCGACAGCAUGUUUUACAUCACAUGACAUAGUACAUACAGACUAGUAUUGUCUACUGCGAUGCCGGGAUUCGACUUGCUGAAGUCGCUUGAGUGUGAACCAAUCCUGCGUGCGACCUUUCGGCCGAUUAUUGCACAGCCUGUUGUAGGAUGUUGGUGGAGGGAACGUGGGCCAAAUCUGUUUUUACCUAGUUAAUAGCCUAUGAUUGGUGGAAUCUCUAGUGUGCGAAGCCAAAACGCCUGGGGCAAAAUGUAAAUCCCAAGAUGUUUUAAUAGAGC